AAACAAGUAAAGAAUAUUAACUCGAACCAGUCUCUGAUGUUAGUUGAUGACCCAACGCUACUGACUUUGAAGCGGAGAAGACUCUCGAUCAACGAUUCCAUGGAAGCUUCAUCUUCUUCAUCUCAGGCUAUGAUCGCUGGGAUACGAGAGAAAUAUGGGAGAGAGAUUCGUGUUUUCGAGACUUCGAGCAUUUCUCAGAGGCCAAGUCAAGCUUCUGUUGCUGAAGAGGAAUCUGAUGAGUUCUACGAGCUCACACCCACAGAUUACUACCGACUCGUAGCAUCUAAGAAAGAAGAUAAGUCUUUGAAGACGAGAAAACUCCGGGAAGCAGAAGAAGCUGCUCGUAGAGCUAAGAUGACUAAGGCCGUGAUCCGGGUUCGUUUUCCUGAUAAUCACACGUUGGAGGCGACAUUUCAUCCUUCGGAAAAGAUCCAAUGCUUGAUUGAUCUUGUCAAAAGAGCACUUGCGCAGCCUGAGAUUCCCUUCUACUUGUACACAACUCCUCCAAAGAAGCAGAUCAAAGAUUUCUCACAAGACUUCUACUCUGCUGGGUUCGUUCCUGGAGCUAUUGUCUACUUUGCAAACGAUCAACAAAAAGAUGAUGGUGCUACUCCAACUCCUUACCUUAAUGAAGAGAUCUUGACCCUGAAAGAUGUAGAGGUCAUAACCAAAGCAGAGGAACCGGUUGAGCCAUCUUCAGAGCCAGCUGAUACUGGUACUGUACCAGUUGACCAAGAGUCUAAACCAGCGGAGAAGAAGAGCACAAAGCCUAAGUGGUUUAAAAUGUGAUUUAACAUCGUUGAUACAGAGGAAAAAGAAAAGCAUGUUAAAUUGAAACGUGACAGUCCCAUUGUGUUAGUGUCACAGUUACAAUCGUAUUACGUUGGUAAUGGUCUAUGACCGUAUGGGUUUAAAACGCUCGCCUCGUUUGGAUUGGCAUUAGGCCUAAAAGUGAUGUUCUCAUCCAUAAUUGAUAUAGAAUUUCUUCUACUUUUUUUCAUGUCUCGUGCUAAAGUAGAAACUAGAAUGGCAUCAACUAUGGCAUCAAUCAAAAGUCAUAGGAUAUUCAAGGUUG